UUGUUAAUUUCAUUAACUCCAAAGCAGCUGACACUGAUCAACAACCCUCUCUGCUACUUCACUGAACACAUCAAUACUUCAGAAGAGUGGAAGAUGUGUGGCAACAAAAAGGUCGGAAAGCCACUAAGCAUGGAACAGGAAAAGUCACUGAAAGAGGAGUUACAGAAGAAAGAGGAGGAACAGAGAGACAUGACACAGGUUAUUGAGACACUGACAGGACAGAAAGAGGACCUGGAGAAACAGAAGGAGCAGAUCACCUCCCUGUAUAAGGGGGCAGAGAAACAGGCAGAGGAGACUGAUGAGAAGAUUAGAUCAGUAGGAAAAGAAGUAGAAGAGAAGGGGGGAGAUAAAUCAGCUAACAAAGCUCAGGGAUAUUUAAAACUCAGAGAACUCUUACAGGAGGUUAACUGGAGCCAGGAGGAGAAAAAGAAAGAACUUCAACAACUGAACAUGAACACAGAACAACUACUGCAGAAGACAUUGAAUGAUGUUAACAGAAUAACAGAGAAGAAGAACAGAGUAGAGAGCCGAGUGGAGCAAAUUAAGAAACAAAUAGAAGAGAAGGAGAAUCAGAGAGUGGACAGUGAGUCAGAAAAAGGAGGAGAAACCCAACUCAUGAUGAAUCCUGUAACACAGAAUAAUAUGUCUGAAUAGUUUAUGUAAUGUAGUCUGUCAUACAGGUGACCUUUGAAUUACUCUGCUGUGUGAUUACAAACAACCAAAACCUGGAAAACACUGAUUCCCUUUAUUCUGUUUCUUGAAUUUAGAGACUGACAACAUGACAUGUAGAAAAUAUCUCCUUACAUUACAAAUUCUUAGACUGAAUUUUUGACCUUAACAUUGUUGUUAUUUUUUUUACUGAAUGUGUGCUGUUCUGUUUUUUGCAUGUCUUUUGAAGUUUUGUUUAUUCUGUACCUGUACCUUUAAGAGAUGUUCUGUUCCCUCUGAAAACCAUGAGAUAAAAUUUCUCAGGGUUAAAGGAUGGAAAAUAAAU